CCCCUCCAUCCCAGCUCACAACCGAGCCGGCCUCCUCUCCGAGGUGGGGCUCUUCCCGCCCUCAUCCCCUUGGGGAUCGUCCUCCCCUCCACCCUGAGUCUUCUCGUACCGCUCGGCGCGGGCCCCUAGCGAGCUGACGCCCAGGCCCGGACCUUCAACUCUCCACCGCAGGCAGAGGACUGCCCUCCGCGGCCACCUCCACCCGCUCGUACCGCCGGUCUCACUGCCUGAUCUUGUCGGCUUCUCUCUCUCUUCCAGGCCCCACACUCGCUCCCCCAACCGCUGCAAUCUGGAAGAAAUUACUCUUUCCAAACAGCCAGACUUCCCCAGUUGCAGGAAAUUCCAGGCUGGCAGGGGAGGGGCCGGGCUGGGGGGCCGCCCCGUCCAUCCAAUCCCCCACCCCCUCCGCGGUCCUUCCACCCGCACAUCCAGUCCCGGCCACUUCCCGCCCCCACACUCAGCCUGGAGGGGCCUCCGCUUUUCCGCCGCGGCUUCUUAGUCCUUAAAUCCUAGAGGCCAACUUUUGGAGGGGGGGCGGGGGGGGGAUAAGGGAGGCCUGGGAGGGGCCUACUGCCUUAACCCUCUCGGCCCCAGACGGGCCGAGCUGGACUGGGCGGGAACUCUGCGCCCCUCUGGGCUCCCAUCAUGGCCCCCGAGAGGGGCUGACGCUUCCGUUCCCGGUGCAGGUGAGAUCCCGCCCGGAGGAAGGCGGAGGGAGGCGCGGGCCUGGGACCAGGAGGCGGAGGCGGGCCCCGAACCGAGAGGAGUGGGUCCCGGGCGGAGCCGGAGCCUGAGAGCGCGCCCGCCCGGUUCGGCAAGGACCGCGAGGGUGGGGGGCUCCCCUCGUCUGAGAGGGUCUCCUCUGCCCUCCUCUGGGCUGCGUGAGCUCUGUGGGCCUGGAAGGUGGUGCCGGAGAGGAAGACCUGUGCCUGUCCCCGCCCUGCGUGAGCUGGCGGCCAGCGGCCUCAGUUAAGGACCGAGGCUCAGAAAGAUGCCGGUGCUGAAGCAAUUGGGCCCCGCGCAGCCCAAGAAGCGGCCGGAGCGCGGCGCCUUGUCCAUCUCCGCGCCGCUCGGCGACUUCCGGCACACGCUGCACGUGGGGCGCGGCGGCGACGCCUUCGGGGACACCUCGUUCCUGAGCCGCCACGGCGGCGGGCCACCCCCUGAGCCCAGGGCGCCGCCCGCGGGGGCCCCGCGCACUGCUCCGCCGCCCGCCGUGCCGCAGGCUUCGCCGCCCGCCCUCCGUGCGCCCGCGCCCGCCGACCCGCUGCUGUCCUUCCACCUGGAUUUGGGCCCCUCCAUGCUGGACGCGGUGCUGGGCGUGAUGGACGCGGAGCGCCCGGGCGCCGCUGCCGCCAAGCCGGACGUGGACCCCGGCCCCGAGGCGCAGCACCCCCGGGCCCGCUGCCUUGCCAACGCGGACCUCGAGCCGGACGACGUCAUCGGCCUGUAGGCACCCCCAUUCCCUGCGCUCUUACCGCCCAGCGCCCCACUUCUUUCUACAUAAACCGACAAGGUCUGUGUCCCGG